UGUAUUUUCGAUAUGAGUCACUCGUUAACAGCGCUUUCAAUCUUUCGGAAGUUCAACGGUAAUUUUCAACAGGAGAAUUAGUGCAAAAAGCUAGUUCCAUUCUUCCCACAAUCAACUGAAUACGAACACCCUCCGGUUUUGCCAUGUCCGAUCCCCGACUGCGGCAGCUAACGAUCAAAACCGGUGUCGUGAAGCGCCUCUCCAAGGAAAAAACCGUCUACGAGAAGGAAGUCAUCACCCAGCAGAACCGUAUCGACAAGCUGAAGGCCUCCGGUGCCGAUGAUCAUGUCCUUCGGAAGCAGGAGGAGGUGCUGCAGGAAUCGAUGAUGAUGGUUCCGGACUGCCAGCGGAGAUUGGCUAAAGCUUUCGAGGAGCUUAGUGAGAUGUUGAAGAACGAAGAAGAACUGAAAGAGACCGAACAGUAUCUAGCAGCAUCAAACGUUUUGGAGGAUGCCAAAGUUAACCUACCUCAACAUUAAACAAGAUAUUUUUGCCACGACAUCAAAAUUCCGCUUACCAAACUUUUUAACAUUUAACAUUUUAACCAAGAACAUAGCUUUGUGAGUUCCUUAAGAUUACUCAAGCACAAGUGCUCGACACGAAUCAAGAUAUGCAGAACCUACCCUAUUUCGACCCAAGAAGGCCUCCACCUUCACAACCUUUCCUCACAAACUUUCACUAUAAUUCGGAUCUAGAAUUUGUCGAACGUUUCCUCAAACACAGAACACCAACGCACCUAAUACAGACUCCGCCAAAACUUUCGAUAACUGACUUGAAGCAAACCCUGUCAAGUCUCGUAAAAGAAAUCGACCAUCUCAAGGAAAAUAAAACCAUCCUCGAACAAGCAAUUCCAUUCCUUCCUGAUUCCGAGUGGAAAAAGGCGGUCGAAGAACAAACUCAAGUUGUCGCUUCCAUCAACGAUAAAAUUACCCGUUUGAAAGAUCCAAAUCUAUCAGGCGAUCUCCAGCGAAAAAUUAAAGCUCGUCUCAGAAAACGUCGUUGGCAGAAAAAACGUAAUGCACAACUUAAAAAAGAAAAGUUAAGUCAAUUGGAAAAUCGUAAAAAGUUGCAUAAAAAAAUCGACAGCUGGCAGUGUGAACAGCAAAAACUCCUUGCUGAGCAACGCAAAUCACAACAGGAACUAGAACAAGCCAGCCACGUGUUGGCCGAUGUUCACAAACGGAAAGCUGCCUGCAAACGAAAUUUAGCCAAAUUCGAAAAACUUAAAAUAGCUCGUCAACUGCGACAGGAGUACAAUCGUCAGGAACCCAAUCAGGACCCCAUCUUUUCCGAACUCAUCAAACUAACAGAAACUUGGGCCGCCAAGCUGGCCGAUUGCAUCAAGGAAGAAAAACAGCUUAAGGACACGUUGGCGCGACAAUCGGCAGCCAACGCCCAGCGACGCACCGAAAAUGAAUGGAACCGGGUACUGUUCGGAGACACCAUUCCCAGGAAAUUUGACCAUCCUUUGCUGAAAGCCGACCGAAGCCGGGAGGCACUGAUCGAAACAAGACGGGCCUGGGAUGCUUGCCUGGUGCAUGACGAUGAUGCAGAUGACGAUGGCGACGGCAAGGUAAGUAGUAGCAUUCCUUUGGGAUGGGUUUUGCCCCCAUCCGAUCCAUCGGUCGAGUGGGCCAAAUAUUUGUGGACGAAAAUGUGUUGAGUUAUUUCACGCAGGUUGCAGAUUAACUUAUAUUAUAAGACGCUUGUAUGUAUAUUA